AUGCUACAAGGUAAGGCCUUGUUCAGAUUGUAUUCACCGUUAGGAAAGACUUCAAAGUAAACUUAAUGUUUUAAGGCCUAAAAAAAUUCUUUUCGAAGAUGUUGGUUUUUGUCGAUUUUACCUACCGAGUCGUGAGUUUUUUCAAUUUGUGGAAUGUUUGAAAAUAUCUUUGUAGGUCUUAUAUUAAUCUUCUGAGUAUAAAUGCCCUAAAAAUAGCUAGUUGGUUUUUGUCGAUUUUACCCACCGAGUCGUGAGUUUUUUCAAUUUGUGGAAUGUUUGAAAAUAUCUUUGUAGGUCUUAUAUCAAUCUUCUGAGUAUAAAUGCCCUAAAAAUAGCUAGUUGGUGACUUUCUGCAAAUGCCAAUGAGGGUAAAUCAGAUAUACCUGUAGCUUAAAGAAUUGCCAUGCUCAAAUUUUAUUUUAUUUUCAGUGAAUGCUACUGAAUCAGAUAAGAGAGAUUUGAUCAAAGAACUCGACACAAUAAAGCAGCUAAAGCCACACCCUCACGUCAUUAAACUUCUAGGAUGUGUUACCAAGUCUGGUGAGCUAUUUUAGUUGAUUGAAUUUGCUGUUGAGAAAUGAGUUUACUGUUGUUUGUCACAAGGGAAAAAAAUGGAGAAUACAGGGGAAAUUCGCUCGUCUCUUACGGUUUUCAACAAAUAACGCUUUGAAAUAUAAUUCUGGGAUAUUAGAUGGUUGUUCUUUACCCAUCUGUUUUAAGUUGGUCGAAUUUGUUUAAACUUUAUGGUCAAAUUUAAGAAAAAUGCUGGAAUUAAGUCUCUUGGAAGUGGCAAGAACUUCGGAAGUCAGCUCUGUUCGAGUCUUAGAGUUACAUGUUUCCUCGACCAGCAGCAAAUAAAAACCUGUUUUUCUUGAAAAAGAACAUUAUAAAGGGUUCACGAAAUGCCCUCUUCCUGGAAGACAAUUUGAUCUAAGUACGAAUAUGUUCCUUUUGGAGAUCUCCUGGGCUACCUGAGAAAGGGCCGUGGAUUAAAUGACAAUUACUACAAAGACCCGAAGUGAAGGUCGUUAUUUUGUAACAUAUAUAUUUUAAUGGCGUUGUGGUCUCUUUCAGGUGGCUCACCUUACCCAAGAAUGGACGGAAAAAUAUUGCAAACAUACUUCAAGAGGGAUACAGAAUGCCUAAACCACUACAUGUGGAUGAAAAAUUGUAAUGUUUCUUUUAUUCGAUUCGUUCUCUUUUAUUGCAAAAGCAAACGUUCCUUAAAUCUCUAACAGGUCAAUUUUGAAAAAUUCCAGGUAUCAGAUCAUGAUGAAAUGCUGGAAGAAUGACCCAGACGCCAGACCAACUUUCACGGAGUUGAAAAAUCAGCUGAAAGGCAUGGAAACCAUGCAUAAGGUGAGAAUUGUGAACAACAUGAAAUUUUUCAUUUAAGCAAGGGCGACUGGCCCAGGCUCAGCUAAUUAAGGCUUUAAACUUAACAGCAUUGAGCCUAGAUAGCGUAGUAAUAUGUACUCAUUUCUGUAAUUUUUGCGAAGGUUGGAUUGCAUCUUCUUGUUAUGUCACUGAAGCUAGUACUCCACGAAAAACAGCGAGAAGCGACCUAGAAUGUCUCGAUGACAAUUUACACUUUAUGGUUGUUUAAAAGAUCAUAGCAUGAUUGCAAAAUUGCAUUGAGACGCACAAAGUUUGGCAGACGACGACGUUAUAAAAUACUUUCUCCCUGAAUUUGUUUUGGUGUGAAAACCUGACCACUUGUGAGUAUAACCGCUUAUAACGUAAGAGGAACCCCUUUUUUAAUGAUUCUGACUAUUAUAUUAUUUUACUUUGCAGAAGCUGAUCAACAUGACAAUGUACGACAAGCAGUUGUAUGCAAACGUGGAGGAUUUAUUGGUGUAAUUAGAUACACGUCCGCAGUGUAUGACUGGCUAACAUUUUGAACACUUCGCCCAAACAAGUGUGACGAUAAGGUUUUCGCCCAAAACUGGAGGACUGAAUCUUCGCGGACGGCACAAUAACAACUGGGGGAACUAACUCUGUAGAAACGACUUGGCAGCGAGAACGGAAACUCGUCACGAUUUCCUGGUACACGGAGAUCUGCUUCGAGCGAGCUUAUACGGACGUCAAGGAUAAGACAAUCUUUGGUUCCACAGUACUUUUAUUCUAGGUCAGGCCAACAAGCGACAUGACCUCUAACAUACUCUAGUUUGUAAUCAUCAAAGCUGUACAAGGUACUUGCUUAAGAAGUAACUGGUGCGAAGUGCUAUUGUUACACAAAUCGCAAUAUUUGGAUAAGGACACAAAGGAGCGGAAAAAAGGCUCUUUGAAGCUAAACAAAAACUACUUAAAUAUUCCAUCUGUUUCCACGACGGAAAGAAUCUCAAAAUUAAAAAGACGGAUGCAAUAAACUUUAGGCCAUUAAAGUAGGAAACCUAGGUGCGAAUUUACAGCUCUGGUAUAGAAAACAAUACCUAUCUUAAUUGCAGUAGCGCAGCUCAGGAAAUAAAAAAAAGGAAAAGUAAUUAAAAGUUUCUGCUUAUUUACGCAAGAUUGGUUUGGAAACCAUUGCAUGAAAAGAAAUUAGAUUUACGCGUAAAAACUCAGCUGCUAUCUACCAUGAAAACAAAUGUUUCCAGAAAGACCAUUAACACUUACAUUUACCUAAAAAAACCCAUGUACUAGAUGACAAAAGUGCCGACAAGCAGGUGCAUAUGAUGAAAGCGAGUAACAACAAAAAUCUAUUCAAAAGCUACUGUGGUUUUUAUGCAUUUUUUUGAUUUAUUGAAAUGAAAGGACUUGAAAUGGUUAAAUGUGAAAGUUUACGAAUAAAUAUGUUCGGAAUAACACACACGGGAAAAUCAGUAAAUUUUCCCGUAACACAAGUUUCAGGGAUUAAUCAUCGUUUCCUUACACACUUACUUGGUAGAAAUAGCCAUUUUGUGUUAAGCAGUUAGGCUGGAACGUUGUAACUCAAUUGAUUUUAUAUUCUUAAACGCUGUAAUGCUUUUAUCAGUUUACCGAUAAAGUAUACUCUAUUUUCUCUUUAACAUGUUUGGCACUUACACGCAUGCUCGACACAAGCGUUUGUGUUCAGUUUAUUUUCUGGCUCAAUUCUGAAAGGCAGGACAGCGCGGAAAUAAAUUCCAAUUCACCAGAUUGAUGAGAUCUCGCUCUGAGUGUCAUAGCUGUGUACAAUUUUUUUAAUUGCUUAAAAAAUUUUGCUGCAAAACCCGCUUUUUUGCAGGAAAGCUAUAGUACGCAUAAAUUGCUUUCCCUAAGCCCGCCUUUUCCUGCAAUACCAACUCGAAGUACUUUUACACUGAAAGUAUUUGUAAAAUUAAAGAUAUUCGAAUCAAAAUUGUACUUGGCACAUUACUUCUGCGAGAAAUUUUGUUGUUUUGGCUAAUAGCCCGAUACUAUUACUACCAGAUACUAUUAUUCAGCGAAACUGGUCUUAGGUACAUGUUUUAGCCUUUUUUCCCUGGACUCGUUAAUGAAAUAAUUUUCAUUUUUUUUAUAAUAAAAGUGUUGAAAAUUUCGGAUUUGACACUGUCUGCAAGAUGAUACUGUACGAAAGUUUUCAUCUUUCACUCCACGAAAUUGAUCUGUUAUAUAUUGACCCAUCUUUCUAGAUCUCUUUUUUCGAAGAAAGGAAAAAACCAAACCAAUGUUACUUGGGCUUAAAAAAGCUUCUGAAAGUGCAAAAGAUCGCUUGUAUGUGUUUCAGUAGACUAACAUCCAAGAAACCAUGUUCUCCUGUCACUCUCAGUUGAAGUUAAGAGUCGAUCAAUCUUACAUAAUUACUAGGUUACCUUUUGGUCAAAACCCUUCUUUCCUCAGCUGAAAUAAAUAAUUGCACGAGAAACAGUACCUGAUAUGAAAACAACGCUCUUUCAGUUUGGAGCAGAGGUCGCUUGAGAUAUGGUCUUAAUGUUCAAAUGAAGGAGAGUUUUGCGUCUGUUUUGAAAUAUUCUCUGACGUUAUUUUGCUUCUGGGAGCAAAACGAUGCUCCAGCAUACAGAGGAGAGGGGGUGAAAUGCGGGGGAGGGGGGGAGUCGCCUUAAGAAAAUGAAUUCACUGAAAUUUUUUAUAUAAUACACAGACUACAACUUAGCUCAUCAGUGACACAAUCUUUGCAUCAGGGCUGAUGGCGACUUGAUGUCGUCAAGAAUGGCGGUUUCGGAAAAAGUCAUCUAUUAUAUCCUCUUAAAGAAUUUAAAGAAAGCGACAACACUUUUGAGUUUGUAAGACAUGUUUCGACAGAAACGUCUGUCAUCUUCAGUUAAUUACUCUAAAAAGCGUUGAAAGUUGAAUUGUAUGGUAAAUAGAACAAUGCUAAUUAAGAUGGAUAGUGACAACAAGAAAAGAGGUAAAGCAUGAAAGUGUGAGAAUUAAAAAGAUAGUUUUAGAUUUACAUGGUAUAAUUGCUGAUUCAAAGAUGGUUGUUCUCUUUGAAUAUAAAUAGCCUCCUUUAUCUUAAGCUGAAAGCUGGUGGAGGCGUGAUCUAAACCAUGGAAAUUAUCUGUAGAACACAUAGCGCGACAAUGUGGAGAAUCUUUCAGAUGCCUGAAAAUGCGAGAGGCCCUGUCACUGACUAAGUGCUCUCCAACACAUUUGAAAAAAUGUUGGUUCUGACAUAGCUCUAUACGAGCGCUAAUUAAAAGAAUUGGCUAUACUUAUAGACCUUGAUAAACAAAUUAUUACAUGUCUUCGUAAAACACACAAGGACAUGCACCACUAGUGGAUUACAUUUACAUUACAGCUUCACUUAAUGAAGCGAUGUUUUAAAUCUGUUAAAUUAUAAUAAUGUUGAGUCAUUCUUAUACUUGAAAUGAUCUUCAAUAUAGUCAUAUUCAGCUGUAUAUUACUCAUAGGGGAGUCACUUUAUUAUUCUUAUAAUUUUAGAACACGGCUGCAAAGAUCCGUCUGCUAUGAAUUAGCUAUAAAUAGGUACUGAGUUCCUAAGAAGGAACUGAUUUAUCAGCGAUACGUAAGGUCCUGAUAAUCCCUAAUUACUUUGUGACUGCUGAUGUUCGUAAUCGCUCCUGUGGCAGGUUAGUGAGGUUUGUUGCUUUGCGUAAAAAAAAGAGCCAUGGAACCAGCUAACUUGAACUAACCAUGAUAGCGAGAUUUACUACUAAAAAUGUGUAUUUUAUGCUUUUACCAAAACCAUAUUCAGUCUGACAUUAUAACCUAAGAAUUGCUUUGCAAUUUUGAACGACUGAGUUUCCUUCAGUAAAUCAGUACUUGUGGAAACCAGACUAAUGAUAGGUAGAUUUCCAUCGUGUUCUUACAGUCAUUUAUAUCACAGAUAAUCACAACGAAAAAAACGGAUGGAGAGAAGUGCUUGCAUGCUCAUUGACAAGGUAACACCGAAAGGAAAAAGAAUUUCAAUGCAAAAUGGUUGGUAAAUAUGUAAAUAUUUAUAUAAAACUAUACAAGCAUAAUAUAUCGUCCACACGGGUGUCGUAAAUGCUUUGUUAUUCGAUCAGUAAGUAUUAUUUUGAAGUGUAGAUAUGUCUCAAAAGUGUUGUUCGAUAGAAGAUUUUGUUUACGCGGUCUCGUACAUGCAUGAAAGUCGUUUUUUUUCGAUUCUGAGCAGAAAAAUUGCAAUUCUUUGAAUAAAGAUUUGGUCUUGAGAUAUUUCUUAGUCGUUUUUGCCUUGUCGUAGUUUUCGGGUAGAACACGAUUACCUGGUAAACCCAACAUACUGAGUUAUAGUGUACUUUUUUUUCCGUGCACAACUUGUAUCUGUAUGCUAUGUUAUGGAGGACAUGGUACUCGUUCAGGUAGCUGUUUGUAUAUCGUAUAUACUCAAGAAGCUAGAGUUGCUCUCGGCUGCACCUCGAGCAACUCGUAUCCUUCUCACGUGCUCUCCAAACUUCCCAUGGGCCAACUUCAUGUUUUUUAGGUGUCAACGUUUUUGUUAGCCAGUAUGUCUUGGAUUGGUCAGAUGGUGACGUUAAAGUGUCGGUCUGAUGGUGUUCCUGUACCAACGCUCGCCUAGUAAAAACCUGAUGGAAGAGAAAUAAACAGAGUCAUAGCCAGGGAAAGCAAAAUGCAACUGACGCUCAAAGAUGAUCAAGAUUUUUGUGAGUACGACUGUAUUGCUACAAAUGGACUGAGUCCCUCUGACGACAGAAAAAUGGAAAUAGCACAUGUAAUGAACAUUCGAAGAAGAUUUUGAUUACGUAAUCGUUUUGUUUUGAUUUAAAGCAAGAAAAAAGUUCAGUCUUGUUUCUUUGUGGAGCUUACGCCCCAAAUUUUCCUAGUGUACCAUUGUUCACAGUUUGAAUUACCUACUUGGCUAGCAUUCCUGAUAAACCAGUUUGUAUAAGUAAACUUUACUCUUAUAGUGGUACGCUCCUUAAGUACCGAGUCAGUUGGAGUUAGGAGAUCGACGGAGAUAGAUUAGAGUUUCUUUUUAUACAAGAUUGUUCCAGUUACGUAACGUUGCAGUCUCUCUAAGCCCGCAAAGAGAGGAUCAGGCGUAAGUUCCAGCUUAUAGUGUUUAGUUUCCUUUUCUUUUCGACUUCGUUUGUUUUGUAAUUUGUCUCGGCCCAUCUUUUGAUCUUGUACAUUGUAAUCUCCCUUUUUCAGUUUUCACUGCAUGUGUACGAUAGUCAAACGAUAGCACGUUGUUGAAUCAACUUGUGUUGUCGAUUCCUACACUGUGGUUGACACUCCCCGAACUCCAGUGCACAACACCCCGUGUCCGCUGCAUUGGGUACGCGACAGCACAGAUAAGUAAGAUUCAGUUGUUGCUUCAAUUCCCAGGAAAAAACCUGAAAUUACCCAAUAUCAUUAAUCAUCCAACACACUUUGUUUCUUAGGUGCUCGAGGAAAACAGAAGUAAGACGUUCUUUUUUCCAAAUGUAGUACUGGCGUAGACUAAACGAAAAACUACUAUUAAAAGGAGGCCUAAGGUAUGUCAUAAGAAAAAUACGUGAGAAAUACAACAACAGGAGUCAGCAGAAAAAAUUGGAGUUUCCAAAUCAGUUUAAAAAAUAACCGUAUUCUGAGUGGACUAUUCAGUUAGCUUGUAGACACGAAGGUUAGGGAACAAAAUGAAUUAAAAUAAACCAUCUCCAUAAAUAACUCAUUUAUUUUUUAUUAAAGGAUAAAGAAGAAAGUGCCCGUGAAGUGAAUGCCCUGACGCUGAAAGCGAUUGAAUCAUAAAAAAAUGAGAGGACGAAGUGAUCUCAGCCAGUUUCAAGACAUGGAGCCAGAAGUUAUGUCUUUACCUGCAUAGUGAAUGUUACGGUGAAAUGUCAAGCUGAUAUAUACUUCACAUUUUUUCAGAGAGAUAUGGAGAUAAAGACCUUGAAUUAAGCUAUCUUAUUGCAAGUUACUUUGUCCAAAAUCCUACAUAAUACAUAGAUAUAAUAGAAACAAGUGAUACUCAAACUCAAACUGCUGGCCAAGUUGCUGAUUACGCAACACUUCAUCUAUCAACCCGCUCCUAGGAAGUAUCAAGGGAUCAAGGUAAGCUUUACCUUUUUGCCAAGGAGAGUUAAAAAAGUUGUACUCGUCGUUUAGAGUUAGGAAUGAGUUGUUAAGAAUCGUUCGCUGAGAUGUGAUGCAGUUCCUUUAAAAGAAACGUUUCUCCUUUCAGUCCUCUAUGCCAUAUUUCAUGGUAAAAACCUUCGACUGAGAAAAGAGUGUACAAGGUUUACAGGGCGUCUCUUUUUCUGCUUCUUCUUUCCGCUUUUACUCGGCUAUGAAUACUUGAUAACCUCAAAUAUCUGAAACUUUCAAUAUUUACUGAAUUUUCCCCAAAUUUUUAAAUGGGCGAAGUGAUUUCUAUCGUUGUGACUCGCACAGUUAUUAAUAUAAUUGAUGACUGUAGAAAUUUAUCUUUAGAUAGCGCCUCGGAAUCAGACAGGAGAGAUUCAUUGAAAGAACUUGAAACGAUGAAGCAACUAGAACCACAUCCAGGUGUCAAAAAACUUUUGCAAUGUGUUACAGGAACUGGUGAGUUGUUUUCAUUAACUUUUAAUGAUAGAUUUUGUCUGUAAUAUGUAAAUGAAAUAAACUUAAUCUUAUUUUUCAGCUUUAGUUCAGCAGAUUUUCUUCUUGAGAUAAAAAAAACUUUUAGUAGCAGUAUCCUGUAAGACUCCUUCUCGAUAGAACCGCUUCCAUCGAGACCUCGCAGCCCGUAAUGUGUUGGUUGGGGAAAACUAAACAUGUUAAGUAGCAGAUUUUGGAAUGGCGAGAGACGUACAACGGCAAAAUAUUUAUGAAAGAAAGACAAAGGUAAUUUCAAACAUGACAUUUAACUGCAUCACAUGAACGCAAUAAUUUUGCCAUUACUCCUCUCUAAGACUCCUUUCCAACUCAAAAAACUCUAUUUCUUAAAACAUAAAAGCUUCAUUUUUUGUAAGAAUGUGGUUUUUAUGCACGUGAAACGAUGACUAUUAAAUCCUAAGGGUCGUCUUCCAGUAGAGUAG